AUGUUACAAGUAGAACUGGGCAAUCAAAUCCAUUCUUUGGUUCUGAAACUAGGUUUUGAGUCAGAUGCAAUAGUUUCCAAUUCACUUGUUGAAAUGUAUGCAAAAUUGGGAUUUAUUUAUGAUGCCUUGGAUAUCUUCAAUGAAAUAAGAAGAAGAGAUUUGAUAUCCUGGAACACCAUAUUGAUGGGUCUAACCUACAAUGGUAAAGUGUCUUUGGCUAUGGACCUUUUCAACGAAUUAAUUAGCGAGGGUAUACCCCCAGAUCGAAUAACUCUAGCUGCAAUCUUACUUGCAUGCAACUAUGGAAGUUUGGUUGAUGAAGGAAUUCAAAUAUUAUGCUCCAUGGAGAAGGAAUAUGGGGUUAAACCAGGGGAACAACAUUAUGCUAUUGCGGUGGAGUUGUUGUGUCGUGCUGGUAGGCUGAAGGAGGCUAUUGAUAUUAUUGAAACAAUGCCAUACAGAACUGCUCUUAUUUGGAAGUCAAUCCUCUCUACAUGCACAAUACAUGAAGACCUGGUAUUUACUGAAAGGGUAGCAAAGAAAAUAAUGGAGAUGGAACCACAAUCAUCCUUACCUUACUUGGUCUUGGCUCAGGUAUAUCAAAUGAGGGGCAAGUGGGAGAGCAUGGUUCGAGUGAGAAAGGCAGUGGAACAUAAAGGCGCCAAGGAGUUCGCAGGAUGCAGUUUUAUUGGGAUAAAAAAUCACGUGUUCUCUUUUGAGGCAAAUAAAUUACAUCAGUAUGGAGGGAAAGAUCUUUAUCUUGUAUUAGAGUUACUGCAGUGGGAGAUGGAAACUGAAGGUUAUGCCUGAAAAAUGUUUUGAUAAAAGAAAGUAAAAGUUGUUGCUAUCGCGAUGAAUAUUGAU